AUGUCUGCUGCCAACACACCCGCCAAAUCUGUCACCGUCGCCAUCCACGGCAAGGACAUCUCGAUCCCAACGGGCCUCUUUAUCGACAACGAAUUCGUCAACGCAAUCGCGGGGAAGACGUUCGAGGUCGAAGACCCCAGCACGGGGAAAGUGAUCCUCUCGAUCCAAGAAGGCCAGGCCGAGGAUGUCGACGUGGCCGUCAGAGCGGCCAGAAGGGCAUUUGAUGGCGGCUGGGCUGACUCGGACCCGGCGUGGCGGGGAUCGCUGUUGCAACGGCUGGCGGACCUGAUGGAGACGCACCGGGAUGAGAUCCUCGCCGUCGAAAUGGCCGACAGCGGCAACACGCUCAACCAGGUCUCGACCGUCGACCUCCCCGGCUCGAUCGGUACGUUGAGGUACUACGCCUCCUGGGCGGACAAGGUCUAUGGACGCACCUCGGCCACCGUCCCGGGCACGUUCACGUACACGGUCAGAGAGCCCAUCGGGGUAUGCGGCCAGAUCAUCCCAUGGAACUUCCCCCUGAUGAUGUUCAUCUGGAAAAUCGCCCCAGCCUUGGCCACGGGCAACACGGUCGUGAUCAAGUCCGCCGAGAGCACUCCCUUGUCGGCCCUCAAGAUGUGCGAGCUCAUCCGCGAAGCUGGGUUCCCGGCUGGCACAGUCAACCUGGUGUCCGGGUUCGGUCCCACCGUGGGCGCGGCGAUUGCGAACCACAUGGAUGUCGACAAGGUUGCCUUUACGGGGUCGACGGCGACUGGACGCGUGAUUAUGAAGGCGGCCGCUUCGUCGAAUUUGAAAAAGGUCACUUUGGAGCUUGGUGGUAAAAGCCCGAACAUCAUCUUCCCCGACGCCGACCUGGAAAAAGCCGUCGACUGGUCCGUCCUGGGCAUCGACUUCCACGCCGGCCAGGUGUGCCACGCGGGGACGCGCAUCUACGUGCACGAGGACAUUUACGACGCCUUCCUCGCCGCCUUUACCGCAAAGUUGGCCGCCGUCAAGGUCGGCAGCAACUUUAGCGACCAGACGGACCAAGGGCCGCAGAUCAACAAGUCCCAGUACGAGAAGAUCUUGGGGUACAUUGACGUGGGCCGACAAGAGGGGGCGACGCUGCAUCUGGGGGGACACGCCAUCUCCAAAGACGGCGGGUACUUUAUCGAGCCGACCAUCUUUACAGAUGUGACUCCGGAGAUGAAGAUCGUGAAAGAAGAAAUCUUCGGCCCCGUCGUCGUCAUCGCCAAGUUCAGUAGCGAGGAAGAAGUCCUCCGCGCGGCCAACGACACCAGCUACGGCCUCGCCGCGGGCGUCCACACCAACGACUACCAGCGGGCGCUGCGGGUGACGAAGAAGCUCAAAGCGGGAACCACGUGGGUCAACAUGUUCAACUUCUUGCACUGGAGCAUGCCCUUUGGCGGGUACAAGGAGAGCGGCAUCGGGCGCGAGCUCGGCGGCGAGGCCCUCGACAAUUACACGCACGUCAAGACCGUGUAUUUCAACAUGGGGCUGGAGGCGCCCAAGCAGGUGUCGUUCUCGGGGUAG